AUGUGGCAGCCUUCCCCUUUCGUUCUUGAUCGAGAGGUUAUGCUAAACCUCUGGUUUGCCAAAUUUGUGGUUGGCUAUCGACUUUUUGUCACGGUGAUUGGUGCUCCUAACUUCACACUAAACCCAGUGACAGAUUUUCAAGAAGCCACAUGUCGGCAGUAUGAGGAAAAUGUAUGCAAUCGAGGUGGCUAUUGUAACUUCAUGCAUUUGAAAAAGAUUAGCAAGGACUUGAGAAGGCAAUUGUUUGGGAGAAAUAGGAGAAGACGCAACCACAGUCGAAGUAAGAGUCGUAGUCCACAUAAACAUCGCGGUUAUGAAGAGCACUCACAUGGAGAUCAUGGUUCAAGUAGACGUGAUGAUGAAAGAGAUCAUCGCUACCAUGAUAGGGGCAUGAGGCCUAGAAGCCGAAGUCUUGAACGUAAAGGGGAUGAAGCAGAACCCUAGGAGGAAUAGUAGCCUAUUAGAGAAAGUAGUGUUGAAAGAAGGGCUAAGAUUGAGCAAUGGAACAGGGAAAAGGAGGAGACAGAAUCUGGUCAUAAGAUUGAUAAUAGUAACAAUGACAAUGACAAGAACAAUAAUCGCUUUGCACAUGAUGAUGAUCAAUAUGGUGAUCCCAAGCAGCAGUGA